AUGUUCAACCCUCGGUUCUUAGUUGUUAGCUUGGGAAAUCCUUUGCCGAAAUACCAAAGUCUUCAUUCAGCUGGUCACUUUGCUCUCAAUGGUCUCGCCAACGUUCUGCGCAACCCUUCAUUUCAAGAGAAGACUUUCGGGGGCCAAUCAUGCCUAGUAUCCCAAGGUCCAAAGUACACUCUAGUUCAAUCGCCCACUCUUAUGAACAUCUCUGGUCGCUUUGUUGCCCGUGCUUGGAGCGAUAUGGUCAAGCAACAAGACCCUUCAUCACUCAGUCUGAUCAUUUUACAUGACGAACUUGAGGCGAAGAAAGGUGCUGUUUCUCUCAGAGCCUGGGAUCGAAGUCCCAGGGGGCACAACGGCAUCAAGGACGUCAAAAACAAGCUGUCACAGGAUAAGUAUCCUACCUCACCGUUUGUGCGAAUAGCUGUUGGAAUAGGACGCCCCUCGGAUGGAGAAAGAGACAGAGGCACUGUCAGUGACUAUGUCCUUGACCGGAUCUCGAACGAGGAGAGGAGGGCUUUCGAGGAGGAUGAAGUACCACGCAUGGUCGCCGAACAGCUCAUGCAAGUGGAAAAGGAAUGGAAGGCCGAGCUUGAGCGAUGA